AGCUCCAGCGCCUCCUCCUCCUCCCUCUCACGCUGUCUCUCGCGUCCACAUCUCUUCAUUUCUCCGUCUGCCCAGCUUCUCUUCCUGCUUUUUUUGUCACAUCCCUUCAUUUUCUCCUCCUCCUUCCUCCGCCUCCUUUUUUUUGGUUGUUCAUCUGCGACAUGCUCCUCACGUGAAGUCCGCCAACUUACAGAGCACUGUGGAUGCCGAGUUAAAAAAUAAAAAGAAGGCAAAUGCUCAAUCGGGGAAUAAGAGAAAAAACUACGCACUUUUGCAUCUUUCAUUGAGUGCCUUGGCUUGAACGGAGCAACAGUAUGGACCUGUCAUUCAUGACUGCGCAGAUUCCAGUUUUGAUGACGGGAGCCUUUAUGGACUCCUCGCCUAAUGACGACUACAGCGGUGAGCACUCGCUCUUCAACUCCUCAGCCAGCGUCCACGCCGCUGCCUCUGCCGCCUCGGUACACGGCCAGCAGGAUGAGUCGCAGUCCAUGUCCAGUGAUGCCAUCUGGCUCUGGAUCGCCAUCUUCGCGACCAUCGGAAACAUUGUGGUGGUUGGCGUUGUCUACGCCUUCACUUUCUGAUAAACAUAUGCUUACAAAGACAAACACGAGCACACAUCCUGGAUCUCUGGAGCCCUGAGUGAGGCCACGCUUUGUAGACAGACACUCUUUCUCUAUGUCUCUCUCUCUUUCUCUCUCUCCCUCGCACUUGGCUUUUGGAUCAGUUUGAGCCCCCACGGGUGUGAAAGUUGUGAUACUAGACAAUGACACAUAGACUACUACACUUCUUCAUCAAAGGGGAAGACUGUGACUUGGCUGCAUUCGUCGGCACAGAAUGUUUUGGGAUGCUACAACUGGAAGUUUGAAAAGAAGCUUUUGUGUUGGACAGCUCUUUAGUUAAAAACAGAAACAUCAGACCUGCACUCUCAACCAAGAAUUAAAGCUUCUUUUUUUCCAGCUUGAUGUUGUUUCCGUGUUUCUCCUCAGACAACACCCACACUUAAAAUGCAGAGAUGAGAAUGGAGAUUAAAUGGGGCUUGAAAUUCAGGUUGAUCCAGGCCAUCUUAAACAUCCACCACAUAGCUGCUUAGCAAUUUAAGGCAGUGCUGUUUAAUUAUGCGGCUGAACAGACAUGGUGAAUGUUGAAACAUUUACAAAGUGCUGGGAUUAUUUCCAUGCCCGGCAGCCCUGAGGCCAAGGACAUUAGAGCUCAUUUAAGGACUAAUCUGUGGAUGAAACAUGGUGUGUGGACACUGAUCAGUGUAUCUAGUAUCUAAACAAUUUUACUGACAGGAAACAAAGAACAAAUGUUUAAAAUCUCAUACAGUUGGAAUAUCUGCAUUGCUAACUCCAUUAUGCUAACUCAAUUAUACACAAUGGAUGACGACUUUAUGAUUAGAUGAGAAGUGUAAAACUAAGUCAACCCCUUUGAAAUGAAUGGUCUUAUUGUCAAAUACUUACAGUAAUAUUUACCAGGGAUUGUUAGAAAAUCUAAUUGUAAUGUCAUGGUCUGUUCAGUCAUGUUUAGAUAUUAUCUACAGAUGUUAGUGAAAUACAAUUAAAAGCACAAAUUGAAUCACAACAUGACGUAGCCUACUUUCCCUAAUCCACCUAAUUUUUUUUGUGUUGUCUUUGUUUUCUUCUUUUGAAUUUCCAGAUGUGGAAAUUCAUAAAUGUAUGUGUUCCAAAGUAAUUUAACACUGAUCAGAUCUGCAGUGAACUGUGUGAUACAUGUAUACUAAUGUGAGUAGGGAAAGGAUGCCUCAUUUUGAAAUGAAAUGUCCUCAUAUAUCAUAUCAAGCUGUCCCUCUAAAUUUGUCACUGUAAUUUAGUUUUGUGUUACUGUAAAAUCUGGAGGCAGCUGUCUCCAUGGCAACUUAUUCUCAUCCUAAUUGGGAACAUGUUUUCAUUGAGACUCGAGCAUUAACCUGCAAACACUGAUGAAAUGUAUGGUUUUUAUUCUGAGCAUUUCAUAAUUGCUCACACACACAAAGAAAAUCACAGGAAACAUUGCACUGCAUUUAUAUAAAUAUUACAUCUGUUAACAUUGCUUUUUAACUUAGCAAAUUAUUUGUGCUUUGCUUACACUGUUUUUUUUUUUAGGAAAGCAAGCUAUCAUAGAAGAACUGAUAAAAAUGUUUUAGUUUUUCCGAUGUGAAUACAGUAGUUUGAUUUUUCAUUGACAAACUGACUGAUCCGUAUAUUUAGACAGAGAGAAAUGAAAUUUAGGUUAAAAGUUAUGAACCUGUCUUGUAAACACCAUACUGUACAUGUUCAAAUGUUCAUACACUGCUGCGAAUUACAAUACUAGCUUACUAUAUCAACUGUACCAAUGUAAGGAGAAAUUCAGGCACACUCUGUUAUUAUGAGUAUACUUCUACAAUGUUUAAAG